CCGCUCGCCCCCGGCCCGGACCCUCUGCCGCCGGCAGCCCCCUGCGCCCGCAGCGCGGGGCUCCUCCGCGGGGAAACCACGCGUGCGGCGGCGGGGAGGGGACACCGGCGCUGAGGGGCACCGAAGCCUCGGGGUGGCGGCGCAAAGGAGGCGGAGAGGCGCGGUGGCGACCAGGAGCAGAGGCAAGACGCCGCGGAAGAGCGCCAGGAGGAAGCCUUGAUCCUCAUUUCACCCAAGUGAUGUGAUGGAAAGGUACACCGAAGGAAAAAAGUCACCCUUGGGUCUUUGGCGUUCGUGUUGGCAUGGAAGAAUCUAGGAUGCGGCAAGGAAACACACCAGGCAGUUGCUCGAACGUCACCACAGUGUGUGCUGAGGAUGAUGCUUUGCAGAGGAAAGGUCACAGUGCAAGAACCCUCAGCCCAGAAGAAGCUGAGAAGCUGGCCAAAGGGCAGGGCUUGGUGUCCGAGUUCAAGCAGCUGAAACUGGAGAAAGAGGCACAGAAGAACUGGGAUCUGUUUUACAAAAGGAACAGCACCAACUUCUUCAAAGACAGGCACUGGACCACCAGGGAGUUUGAAGAGCUGAAAGCCUGCCGGCAGUUUGCAGGUCAGAAGCUGACCAUCCUGGAGGCUGGCUGUGGCGUUGGGAACUGUUUGUUUCCACUCCUGGAAGAAGACCUGCACAUUUUCGCAUACGCCUGUGACUUCUCUCCUCGAGCUGUUGAGUAUGUGAAGCAAAACCCCUUGUACAGCCCAGAGAGGUGCCAGGUGUUCCAGUGCGACCUCACCAGAGACGAUCUCCUCCAGCACGUGCCAGCAGAGUCCGUGGAUGUUGUCACACUGAUCUUUGUGCUGUCUGCCAUUCAUCCUGACAAGAUGCAUCUCGUCCUGAGGAACAUUUACAAGGUAUUGAAGCCAGGCAAGUGUGUCCUCUUCAGAGACUAUGGGCUGUAUGACCAUGCCAUGCUCAGGUUCAAGGCUGGCAGCAAGCUGGCAGAAAACUUUUAUGUUAGACAAGAUGGGACAAGAUCCUACUUCUUCAGUGAAGAGUUCUUGUCUCAGCUUUUCAGGGCUGAGGGCUACGAGCAAGUGGCCAACGACUACGUGCAGCGAGAAACGGUGAACAGGAAGGAGCAGCUGUGCGUUCCCAGGGUCUUCCUGCAGGGCAAGUUCCAAAAGCCUUCCAGUGAGACAUGAAGCUCUUGCUGGUCACCUGCUGGGUGUCUUCCUGCUUGUAACACAAGCCCUGUGCAGCAGUGCUGGAGGAGCAGGUGAAGCAGCUGGAAGAUGUUUUAUCCUCACCACUGUUAGUUCCUUUUUUAUUAAAAGCUAUUUUUGAAAGAA